AUGAGUAAAAAUAAAAAGGGGAAGAAGAAGGACGACUUGGAUGCGAUCCUUGCUGAGUUAGGCUUUGACGAUAAGAGGGAAGAUGAAGUGAAAGACGAGAAGGAAGUGAAAGGACCAGAGGCCAAUGGCGAAGCAGGUGGUGGAGGUACCCCUGCUGGGGCACAGGAAAAUGAAGCAACAAAAAUGUCCAAGUCAAAAAAGAAAAAGGAAAAGCUAAAGCAGAAAAAGGAGCAAAUGAAAAGCAAGGAAAAUGAAGAGGAGGGAGAACAAGGAGAGGCAAAGAAGGGAACGGCCGAUCAGGCCGCCGAUGCAGCCAACGCAAAUGAAGACGCUAAUGAAGCUGCCAAUGACGCGGCCAAAAAAAAUAAAAAAAAGAAAAAAAAGGAUAAGGAAAAAACCAAGCAUCAAAAAGCCACGUCAGGGAUGUCUGAAAUGGCCAAGGCAGCCGCGGAAAGACUUAGGCUACUAAAAGAAUAUGAAGAAAAAAAAAGGGAAGAGGAGAAGAGAAAACAAGAAGAGGAAGAAGAACGAAUUAGAAAGGAGGAAGAAGAAAAGGAAAAAAAACGACUAGCUAAAUUGGAAAAAAAAAUGCAAUUAAAAAAGGAAGGAAAAUUGUUAAGUGCAAAGGCAAAGGAAGAAAAAAAAAAAAAAGAAUUAUAUUUACAAACCUUGAAGGAGUCCGGGGUGUUGGUCGAACCAAAGGAAAAAGCCAAAGCGGAAAUUAUCAACAUAGACCUCAACAAAACGAAGGCUUUCCUAAAGAAGAAGAAGAACAAAACAAAUGCUAACGCAAGUGGGAACGCAAAUUUGAAUAACAACGCGGAGGGAACUGGAGGUGCUACUACACCCCAGGGGAGCAAACUAGUUAACGCACUAGCACAGGACGACGCAGAAACAAAGAAAGUCGACCCUAAAGAAAUUGUCGUGGAUGACUGGGAAGAUUUCCUCAACGUGGAUGAAGAGAACAAAAAAGAAAAGCAAACAGCCAAUGAACAAAAAAGUAAUGAAAAGACCGACAAGGAAAAGAACAAAGCAAAGGAAGCCAAAGGGUCAGAUGGAAAAAAAGGAACAAAGGGGGAUGCAGUUACCACUAAAAAAGGAAAGAAAAAAACUGAGACUAGUAAAAGCAAUAGUAACGAAAAGAAUAACAACGCCCAGGAUGACUCAGAUGAUGAGAGCGAGUAUAGAUCAGCCAUUGUGUGUAUAUUAGGUCAUGUGGACACAGGAAAAACAAAAUUAUUGGACAAGCUCCGACAUACAAAUGUACAAGAUAAUGAGGCGGGAGGAAUUACGCAACAAAUUGGAGCGACAUUUUUCCCCAAGGAUACCCUAGAUAAGGAAAUAAAAAAAGUGGAUGAAAAAAUAAAGUGCAUGUCGAAGGGAAUUAUGAUUAUUGACACCCCGGGACAUGAAUCAUUUUACAAUCUGAGGAAAAGAGGCUCCUCCCUUUGUGACAUUGCCAUUCUAGUGAUUGACUUAAUGCAUGGGUUAGAGCAACAGACGAAAGAAUCCAUUCAAAUUUUAAAACAAAGAAAUUGCCCAUUCGUUAUUGCAUUGAACAAAAUUGAUAGACUGUACAUGUGGAGCAAAAAUGACUGGUCUCCAUUUAAUUACACUUUUAAAAAGCAAAAGGAAAAUACACAAGAGGAAUUUCAGGAUAGGCUACAAAAAAUACUUAAUGAGCUAGCCGAACAAGGAUUAAAUUGUCACUUGUACUGGGAAAACCCCAACCCUCGAAAAUACGUUUCUAUCGUACCAACGAGUGCAAUAACGGGGGAAGGAAUUGCUGACCUGAUUAUGAUUUUAGUUAAAUUGACACAAAACUUUAUGCUUAAAAAUAUUGAAUACCACGAUAAAUUAGAGUGUACUGUUUUGGAAGUAAAAAAUAUUGAAGGGCUAGGAACAACCAUUGAUGUAAUUCUCACGAAUGGGGUGCUGAAGGAAUCUGAUACCAUCGUCCUGUGUGGUAUUAACGGACCCAUUGUCACAGUUAUUAGAGCUUUGUUAACCCCACAACCGUUAAAAGAGCUAAGAAUAAAAAAUGAGUAUGUGCACCACAAAUCGAUUAAAGCGUGUAUAGGAGUGAAAAUUUCUGCUAACGGACUGGAAGAGGUCCUCUGUGGUACUUCCUUAUUCGUUGCAAACAACACAAACGAAAUUGAAGACUACAAAAAGAAAGCCAUGACAGAUGUAUCGGAUGUGUUCAAUCAUGUUGAUAAAACUGGUGUAGGUCUGUACGUCAUGGCUAGCACCCUGGGCUCGUUAGAAGCAUUACUCAUAUUUUUAAAAGAUUCCAAGAUCCCCGUUUUUGCAGUCAAUAUCGGAACAGUGCAAAAGAAAGACGUGAAGAAAGCCAGCGUCAUGAGGGAAAAGGGAAAGCCUGAGUAUUCAGUCAUCCUAGCCUUUGAUGUUAAAAUUGAUCCUGAAGCAGAAAAGGAAGCACAAAUUUUGGGAGUAGAAAUUAUGCAGAAGGAUAUUAUAUAUCAUUUGUUUGAUGCGUUUACAAGUUAUAUUAAAAAAAUUGAAGAAGAAAAAAAACAGAGUAAGCUAACUGAUGCCAUUUUCCCAUGCGAACUCUCCAUUGUCAACGAUUGUGUAUUUAAUAAAAAGGAUCCCAUCGUUAUUGGAGUUAAGGUUGAUUGUGGAAUUUUGAAAAUUGGGACCCCACUUUACAUCCCUGAGAAAAGCCUUAAAAUAGGAAAUGUUGUUAGCAUCCUCUUGAACAAAAAAACAUGUGAAAAGGCCAAAAAGGGGGAUGAAGUUUCUAUUAAAAUUUGUGGAGAACCACACAUCACUUUUGGAAGACACUUUGAUUUUAACCAAAAGAUUUACAGCAAGAUUACUAGGGAAAGCAUUGACGUCUUGAAGGAGUACUUUAGGAGUGAGUUAACUAUGGAGGACUGGAGACUCGUCGUGCAGCUCAAGAAAAUUUUUAACAUUAUCUGA